CAGGCCAUCUUUCAAAACUAAAUAGUGUCACCUUUCGUUGUUUCAAGCCGUGUGUCGCGUAAUUUAUUAUGGCACAAAAUAUGAUACAAAUAUAUUAAAUUUCACAUGUAAUAAAUACCACAUAUCCGAUGUCAUUUAACAAGAGGCAUUUUGAAGUGCAUUUUGCUAUGUGAUGCCUUAUACGAUCGUAGUCGGGAGUUUUUAAUGGCGAAAAUAUUAGUUUAUUUGGGUGUUGUGUAGUGAGUGGCGAUGGAUCGUCGGUGUUCGCAGUCAGUUCGGACGCUGAUUUUUGACGAUUCUGAUUCUGAUCUACCUAAAGGUGUUCAGAAGAAGGAGUUGUCGACAUCAGAAGUGCCGCCUUCUUUGAAUCAAAGCGCUGAAGAUGCGAGCAAGCGAACUAAUCUGGUGCGCAUGCGACGCUCAGCUCUCGGAAAAUCUGCACCGACUCUCUCCGUCCACGUGAAAGAACCAUGUUCUAUCUCCCGUCGACCGUCACGUCUACCGCCUCCACCUCCUCAUCACAGACUUUCGCUUGUGGUGGGUUCAGGUCGGUGUAGUUCACCCGGGACUGGUCCUCUGUCCCCCGCGGAGGGACCUCGCUGGCACCCCCACCACGCUCAUCCACUACAUCAUGCCCUGCUAUCCUCUAGCGUCAAGAGGUCCAAAGAAAUUGACGGUCGCCGGUGGUCGGUGGCAUCUCUACCAUCAUCAGGGUAUGGCACCACUCCGGGAAGCUCCAGCUUGUCGUCGCAAUGCUCGUCUCAGGAGCGCCUGCUGGCGGCACAGCCACCGUGCGAGCCGCCCCGGGCACCCUGUCCUCACUGUCAUCACAAUCAGAACUCCCUCAACAGUUCGCAAGGCAGCGGCAUGAACUGGGCGUCGCUGUCGGACAGCGGGGGCAGUGGGCACACAGCGCGCGCUCCCUCGCCUAGAGCGGUGCCGAGGAGAGUCAGGAGUAGGAGUCUGAGCUCUCCGUCGAGAUCUCCCGGGGCCGGUGGGUCAGAGGGGUCUCGUGAUGACGCCGUGUCUGCUAUGUCCGCUCUUUUCGCAGCGAGGUUCCCAGCUGCUCAGAAAGCCAUGGAUGACAAAUUAAGGUCGCUGAUAGAUGAGCUGGCGGAGUUAGAUAAGAAGCCAGAUCGACCUCCCAUCGAGAGAUUUGUCCAGAGACAGGUGUUAGAAAUGGCGCGCGACUGCCUCCACAAAUCGGAGUCGAAACAGGUGACCAGCUCGUACUUCUACGACAUGGCUGACAGCUUGGACAGACUGCUCGCUGAGACGCGUGAGAAGUCUUCAGAGGCGGGUGCCCAGGUGGCGCCGCUGGUGACUCGCCUGACACUAGCUAUGGCCAGACCGGCUAGACUGCUGGAAUGUCUGGAGUUCGAUCCCGAGAGGUUCUACAGACUUCUGGAAGCUGCCGAAGGACAUGCUAGACACCUGCAGGGUAUGACUACCGACAUCCCCCAGUACAUAAUCCACAAGUUGGGCCUGUCCAAGGACCCCCUGGCGGAGCUUCAUGUGCCCCCACCACCUCCGCCACCACAGAACUCCUCGCCGUCCAAAGUGAGGGGUCGCCAGUCGCCCCCCGGGGGUCAGGGCGGGUCACCCCCCUCCGAAAACGACUAUCAAGUCAUCAAGCUCAUUUCCAACGGGGCUUAUGGUGCUGUUUAUCUCGUUAAACACAAACAGACGAGACAGAGAUACGCUAUGAAGAAGAUUAGCAAGAAUAAUUUGAUCCUGAGGAACCAGGUGGAGCAGGCGUUCGCUGAACGAGACAUCCUGAGCUUUGCUGACAAUCCUUUUGUGGUGACUAUGUACUGUUCGUUUGAGACGAAGCGCCAUCUCUGUCUGAUCCUGGAGUUCGUGGAGGGCGGGGACUGCGCCACCUUACUCCGGGCGGGUGCUCUGCCCCCCGACAUGGCCAGGCACUACUUCGCUGAGGCCGUACUAGCUGUGGAGUACCUCCACUCGUACGGGAUCGUCCACAGAGACCUCAAACCUGAUAAUCUCCUCAUCACUGCGACCGGACACAUUAAGCUCACUGAUUUCGGACUCAGCAAAAUGGGGCUCAUGUCCUUGGCCACCAACCUGUACGAGGAGUACGCGGACCGGGAGGCCAGGCAGUUCUCAGACAAGCAAGUCUGCGGCACGCCCGAGUACAUCGCGCCCGAGGUCAUUCUGCGACAGGGUUACGGCAAGCCAGUGGAUUGGUGGUCGAUGGGCAUCAUACUGUACGAGUUCAUAGUGGGAUGUGUGCCGUUCUUCGGCGACACUCCUGAAGAACUGUUCGCUCAUACAGUUAACGACGAUAUAGAGUGGCCCUCGGAAGACGAUUUCCCUAUAGCAGUGGAGGCGCGCGCCAUCAUCACCGAGCUGCUGGCGAGGAACCCCCGCGACAGGCUCGGCACGGCGGGGACGCAUCAAGUGAAGGAGCACAUUUACUUCUACGGUCUGGACUGGAACAACCUGCUGCGGCGGAAGGCCGAGUUCAUACCGCAGCUGGAGAACGACGAGGACACCAGCUACUUCGACAGCCGGUGCGACCGAUACAACCACAGCGAGGUGGAGACGGACGAGGCGGCGGAGGCCGGCGAGGCGACCGAGGCGCACGAGGACGAGGCCGGCCUCUUCGCCGCCUUCUCCUCCACCUCCCCUCAGUGGCGGCGGCACUAUUCCCACUCCCACUCCCACUCUCACUCCCACUCCCACUCCCACUCUCAGUCUCACUCACAGUCCGCGAUGUCGCACGACUCGAGGAGCACGGACAGUUGGCCGGGCACCCCGGACAGCGCGGGCCCGCCCACCACGCCCACAGCGCCCACGGCGCCCAUGCCGCCCACCGCCAUACACCAUCCUAAAUGCCCCAUGGUGUUUAGUGGUGCGGGAGGGUCGACCGCGGAGUCCUCUCAGACGGACUCCGACGACGUGUCCCCUGCUGCCCGCAGGCGCGCGGCGCUCCGCCCCUUGCACGCGCACCCGCUACACGCCAGUCACGUGCUCGUCGCUAGAAUACCGGAUCUGCCGAAGAAGGAUGACAAAAGCGUCGACAAACCCGAGAGGCCAGACAAGAGUAAGCCGAUAGCACUCGCCAAGUCCAUGAGACGAUCCGCGAGCACCUCGGGCCUCUCACUUGUCAUACAUCCCGCAGAAGACACCCUGACGGUGGUGGCGGGCGGCGCGGGCUCUCCCUGCGCUGGAAACACUUCCUCCACCAACUCCUCGCGGGACUCCUCGCCCUGCAGGGAUCCGCCCUCGCCCUUCGCCCUCGCCAACCACUCUCUGAUCCAGUCGUCCAAGCCUCCGAUCGUGGUGCGUCGUGGGCCGCGCGGCUUCGGCUUCACCAUACACACCGUGAGGGUCUACUACGGUGACACCGAUUACUACACCAUGCAUCAUCUCGUCUCGGCGGUCAGCGAGCAGGGGGCAGCCUGGGCCGCGGGGCUGCGGGCCGGUGACCUCAUCACACAACUCAAUGGAGAAUCCGUACAAGGGUUACUCCACACACAGGUGUUAAGACUGUUGUUGGCGGCCCCGCACGCUACUCUGCGUGCGACGCCUCUCGAGCAGACCACAAUACAGGCGGGCGGCAGGAAGCGUGCGGGCGGGCGGAGGGCGUCCGCCCCGCCUCGUCCCCGGCCACGGAGACGUUGUUCCCUGUUCAGACGGAUAUCGACCAAACGAGCGAGUCAGGAGAUGCACCAGAUGGUAUCCGGCGCGUCAAGUGAGUUACCAUCCCCAGCCGCCUCGCCAGCCACCGACUCGCCACUGCACACCACUCACCCCACCACACACUACCAACGGCCGUCUUCUCUCCACGGUCUUAAACACAAGCUGAGCGGGGGCGAAGUCCGACGCGCCUCGCUCCAACACAUGCCGCUGUCCCCGCUGGCCCGUACACCUUCGCCCUCGCCGCAGCCAGCCCCGGCUUCCCCCACCAGUCGCGGCUGUGAGGCUCGCAGUCCGUCUCCGCUCGCCGCGCGGGAGUGUCGUCGAGCGUGGCCGCGGAGGGACCCCGCCUCGCCGCUUCUGCGACGAGCGUUGUCACCGGACAGACUGCACCCUCGCUCCGCGGAGUCUAAGUGUUCUAUCUCCCCCCUCUGUUGUGGAGGGGGCGCGGCUGGGACGGUCUCAACUCGACGUGGUGGGUCGUGGCGACCCCCGGCCCCCGCCCCGCCGACCCCUCCACCCCCUGAUAAGGUCGAUGAACCCACUCUACCCCGGAUUGCGGAGGAGAAAGACAGUCCCACACACCACGCCGCCAGGCUGCCCACACGCACUCCGGCCAAGCAGAGCACUCCAAGUAUAUUCACGUCGUCUCCCAAGGCGAGUGUGACCCGUGACGCCAGCGCCUCCUUCGCCUCGCUGUCUCUAUCAGACGAGUCCUACGUGGACCUGGAUGUGUCCAACAUAGACACGAGCAACGCACGGACAGAUGACAGCCGCUCGAGCACGGAGAGCGCUCUAACAGACACAAACAAGAAAAGCCUACCUUUACAAGAGUCGACACCUAGCGGCAUGGAAGCGCAACACAAAACAAGGAAGAAGUCCGACUCUAGCCUCAAGGAGGAAGACUUCAAAACUAAGGACAAGUCUAAAGCGAGGCAAGAGAAGCAAGAGAAAGAGUUUAAGAAACAGGACUCUGUCAAGAAGAUGGAGAAAGCUGAGGUGAAAGUGGAGGAAAAACGCCAAGACGUUAAAGAAGAAAAGGCCAAAGAGAAGGCCAUGGAGAGAAGCGGGUCCGUGAGGAAGCAAGAUAAGCAAGAAACGAAGGAGGCUAAGAAGCAAGAGAAGCAAGAAAGAGCAGAGAAGAAGCAAGAGAAGAUGGAAGCGAAGAGAUCGGAGUCCAUGAAGAAGAUUGAAUUGAAGAAACAAGAGUCUUUCGAAGUUAAGUCCCCGGAAGCGGAGAGCGAGGGUCGCAAGAGUAUGGUCAGCAAACUGCUGGGCGUGAUGGGCAGGAAGAGAGACGAGGAGACGACCAGGAAGGAGAAGAGAGAUAAGAAGAAGAACACAGCGAACCAACAACCACAGACCUCGGCACAGAAGAUAGACACAGACAAAAACGAGAAGCAGGAGGAGGAUAAGAAGACGAAGAAGGGGCGAGGGAGAGCCUCCAGCUCCUCGUCGGGGGAGAAGUAAUGACGGCAGAGGCAGAUAGAUAUGUUAGAAAGAGACGCAUAUAUGUGGCUCGGUUCAUUCUACACGAGCCGCUUACAACGUAGAGAGAUAUAUAUUUUUGUCCUUUUGUCGUAGUUUAGUUGAUAUUAAGAUUUCUAUCAGUGUAUUAGAGUACAAUUUUGAAUGACACAAAUUGCUACGUAGGUGUAUAGUGUUCAGUGGCUGUAACACGCACCGUGUCCGCUGGGACGGAUUUGAUGAUGACAUGAACAUUUCCAGGUAUAAAUUUUUUCUUUUUGUAAAAUUAAUUCAAAAUAAACUGUCUCAAUUUAAUAUAUUUAAUACAUUGAUAAUAAUACAGUAUAGAAUAGACCAAAAUUUGUAUAUCGACGGACGGAAACUAAAUUCUAUGUGUAUGUGAGUAAGCACCAUUUUUCAUUACAUCUUAAUGAUUUUUAAUAUGGAUGUUGUGUGUGAUUAUGAAAAUUAAAAAACAUAUACCGCUGUAAGCUUCUAGACUGUUUAGAUGUAUUCGAUAAACUGUAAGAGCGGGGUCCGUUAAUGUACCCCAGAUGUUUGAUGACAGACGUCUGGGAUCCUCGGCACCCCUCAGUAUUAAUUGUAACGAGGCAUUAUUUGUCUAUGAUUUGCUUAUAUUUUUUUUUUCUAAUGAGCGAUUAUUUUGUGAUAUUUUUAAACGUACUUGUUUUUUUUUUAUUUCGUUUAUUUUAUUUUUUCUGUAUAUUUCAAAUCGCUUCUUUUUAUGUAAUGUAAGUGUUUAUGUUUGUAACUAUCGCGUCAUGUUAAAUGCUCGUCACCUACGCUAUGUUAUUUAUAUUAACUAUAUACGUGUAAAUAUGUCUGUGUACUGACGUGCAAUUGUUGUUAUUUUUUAGAACAUUUCCUCUAACCGUAUAAACACGUUAACAUUCCGAGACAGUGCCAUAUUUUGCUUCCGCUGAGCCGAUUCUAUCUAUACACACGAACAAGUACAUAAAUCGCUUUUUACUAUCCAGAGGCUUUUUAAUAUCUAUUAAAUGAUAAAUUAGUAAAUUAAUUAUUAUAUUUUUUUUUAUAUUAAAUAUAUUUUAUUACUACACUUUCGAAUAUUGUUGUCGCUUAUUAACGAUUCGUAUUUGUAGAUGUUUUUAGUUCAACCGAUAGAUGUUAAACUUUUCCCGUAAAAGAAACGUCCACCCCUUUGAAUGCGUUAACUAAAUCAACACUUUGCUUGUUAAUUUUUGUUUUAUUACAAAAAGAUAAUAAGUAAUUAAUUUCAAUUGUUUAAUUGUUUAAUGUUUUGUAAAUAUCGCGUAAAUUUAGUUUUCGUAUGAAUGUUAUAUUGUGACUAGGAUUUUUUUUUAUAUAGUUAACUUUUUCAAGUACAUGAAGGUGUGAUAUAUAUUUUUUUAUGUAAUAAGUUCGUUCCGUAUGAAUAUUUCUGAGCGCACUGUACAUUGACACUAAUACGUAACGUGUAAUACUCAUUGGUUGGAUGUAGUUUUGUUUUGCAUGUAUUUUUUGGCAAUACAGGGUAAGAGUGUGCACUUGCCCUUAUGUUUUUGGUGUAUACCGGCUUAUCUGGUGACGUCCUCGCUGGAGUAUCAACGGAUCAAAAGGAACUCGCUUCGGGACCAUCGCAUCGUUUAUUGAGUUACAGCUUCAUGUUUUAUUAGACCUUCAGAAUUAUUGUGAAUAUUUCUCUAUAUGUCUAGUGUAAGGUCACGCGAGGUCGCAUGUAUGUGUUGAAUUUAGUUUAGAAUUAAAUUUUAUUUUACAUACUAUGUUGUCUGCCAUUAAAAAUUUAUGCGUAAUUAGGCGUAAAGCAUUGAAUGUGAUUUAACUAAGUGUUUAGAGUCGAUGAGGAUUUUUUUGUUUUCUUAGUAAAUGUGUGCGAUUCGAUAUAAAUACUGAAUAAAGUCAAAAUAAGCUGUU